AUGAGGCUGGGAGGGAAUCGCGACCGCCCCGAGGCCGGUUCUGGUCUCAAUUUGCGAGAAUUCCAUGCUGCACGUUACGGGUUCGCACUCGAAGUACAAGGUCAGACCAUUCGAUGGUAUGAGUGGUUGGACAAGUGCAGUGUGAGAAUAAUAAUGGACGAUCGAAAGGCGGACAUGGGACCCUCGGUGACUGCACAAUGGUAUGCGAUUGCGAUUGAUAAUAGAGCUGUUAUGUAUCCAUUUCCUGGUCCCAAGAAGGCGCGGCUGGAACGGACACAAACAUCCUCCACAGCGUUAGAAUCUUGUUUUAGGGUACCGAUAUCGAGCAUGAACGAGGCUGACGGCGUAGGUUCAAAAUUCAGAUAUGACCUUAGCGACAACAAAACUUUGGAAGCUGUUUGGAAGUGUGGGGAUCAUGAAAAUUGA